CCAGCAGAGCACGAGCGCGACGACAGCGUACGGAAAGAGAGAGAAAGCUCGGGGAUCGUUUAUUCUGUUAUUAUUAUUAUUUUUUUUUUAAUCCGAAAACUACGGACACAGACGUAAGGUGCGCGCGCGCGUGUUCCACAGAGAGAGAGAGAGGAGGACAGCUAGAAGAUCGGUAUAUUGUGCAGCGAGAGGAUAUAAUAGAAGAGAGAAAGAGGGAAGAUAGAAGAGCUCGCGCGAACGACACAUGGUGCAAACGCGGUGCCGGGGCUUUGGUUGAACUAGCUCUCGAGCGCAGUGCGCAGCUGAAUUAAGCCGCUCUGAGCCGAUUUGGUGAGCCGCCGCCGCCGCCGCCAAGAUGCGCCGGCUGACCGGACUUCGCCUGCUCCUCCUCAUCUGCUGCUGCUUCUUCUUCGCCGCUCAGGGAGCUCACGGGAAAGACGAGAUCGAGGCUACGAGAAUACAGAGGGACAUCGACGGUGUUACAACGGUCCUACUGGUACCGGCCCGUCCCGGCAAAUCCGCGCCCCCUGUCGGCGUUCUGACAAAGACAGCCCGUACCUUCGUGCAAGAUGGCGCGAGUACCGAGUUCGCGACCCAAGUCGUCGGCACGACUCUGGAUAACGGUCGGCUCUACGCUAAGAUCCUCUCCACCUCGAGCCGAGUCUUCUACGACAGGGAACCGACGCCCGACGCGUCCGCUCCUUACUUCGUCUAUCCCUCGAAAAGGCCGCAAGACGGCUGGUCUGACGCCAAGCUGACGCUGGACGACGCGCCGAUAAAGAUCGUCAAAACGAUCAGCGACAUUAACGGCGAAAUCCUUCAAGACUCCAAGGACGAGUCCAGCGAGCUAAAGUACAACGACAUCCUCAACAAGCCGGACAGCAGCGAGGAGAGAUUCAAGCCUGCCAAGGUGCGAAACGACAAUCUCCCGACCUACACGGUCAACCAGGGCUACGUGGACAAGGGAUUGGACGCGGCCGCCUCGCUGGAGGAGGAACAGCCCAAGACUUUCCGACCGAGGGUGGCGAAGAUCUUCAGGCCUCAGCCGAAGAUCACUCCCAAGAAGGACAUAAAGCCUCUGGCGACGGUCACCUACCACGGCUUCGCCGAUUUCGUCACCACGGUUGGCGACACGGUCAUCGUCUUCUCGCCGAGCACCGCACCCGCACCCGUCGGCCGUCCGGCCACGACGAUCAAGGGCGACGCGACGCUUCGACCCGACGACGGCAUCGCUGUCUUGAAGAUCAAGCCCACGAGUGUCGUGCCUCAGCAGAAGAUGACGGAAACGAUCUCGCUCAAAGCUCGCGUUCCCGUCAACGACGUCGUUCGGAAAUCUUCGAAACAGUCCAACAGUGCCAUCGAUCUUCAACCGAGUUCCGUGGGUCAUCCGGAAGGAGCUUACUCGGGAGAGGUGACGAAGCCUCUGCUUCUGGUACCCGACGAGCAACUCGGCUCGGACAAUCCGACUGGCUUGAUCAAGGUCAUCGACUCGACUACAACAGUGAAAGGCACGACCACCCACUACAUGAGCUCCAUUAUCGGGACUUACAUCGGCACCAACUACGCUCAAAUCGUUCACACCUCCUCGAACGUUUACUUCUUCCCCGAAGACAGUAGCAAGAGCUUGAACGACGACGACGUCGUCUCCUCGGAAUCCAUCAGCACGCUGCCACCCGAAACCACCGACAACGUUUUAACGACGAUCAAGGAUAUCCUCACCACCGAGCCCACGACCGAGAGCGAGCUCGGAAACGACAUCAUUCCACCGAAUCAAGGCCGCAGUAUCAAGGGAACGGCUCCUAGAAAUCAAUUCCUCGCGGCUAAGGGAGAUAAGGCGCACAAGGAGGCCGAGGAGAAAGCGUCUUUCGCUACUAAGCUCAUACCCUCGACCGUUUACAAAACGUUCACUUACUUCACCACCUUCUUCAUUCCCGGCAAAGACAAGACGAGCACGUCGGUGAAAUCGCGAGAGGUCGUGUCGUCGGAGCUCACCUUCGUACCGGAAGUCGUCCCGACAACCAGCUCUCAAUCAGCGAGAGUCACUCCGACUAAAGCGCGCAUAAGUCCUACCAACAAAGUGGAAAUUUCCUCCAACACCGAUCUGAUCGAAAACACGAACGUGGACAAGCAGGAGGUGGAGGAGAUCCAGUUGAUAUUCAAAACGAUAUUCACGACGUUCACGUACUUGACGACCUUCUACGACGACUCCACCACGAGCGUGUCCAGCCGAAAAGUGACCGCGACCAACGUCAUCACUCAGACCAUCGACCCAGUGGGUUCAUCCAUCGACUUCGACGGUCUGAUCGACAAGGACGCCUCGUUCGCUAUAGCUCCAACCAAAGUGGCCGAGCCUAGCUUCGCCACCAAGGCUGUGGAGACGCAAACCAACAACUACGACAACAAUUUCACAGUUCCCGAAGAAAGCACCGAGAACAUUUUGACCACUGUGCAGGAUGACUUGACGACCCUCGAAGAAGAAGUGGCGACACUGGAAAGCACGACCGAGUCCAUGGCGGAUAGAGUCGAACCAGUUGUCCAGCUUGAACCAAGUCCAAGCGUGACCGAAACUGCUCAGCUGGCGACUCAACUGAAAACUUACUACACGACUUACACGUACUUCACGACCAUCAUAGUCGACGAUGAAACCGAAAUCGAGACCAGAACGGAAGUGUUCGGUAACGUCAUCACCGAGAGCAUACAACCCACAUCCGUCGUACCGGCUGUUGAGAGAACCAGCGUCACGACUCCCAAGCCAGCACCACCACCACCACCGGAAAUUUUGGCUUAUUUGGAAGCUUUGAAGAAGCAAAAGUCGGAGGAAGAAGCUAGACUCUUGGCUAAGAAAGCCCAAGAGAAGGCUCAGGUGACGAGCACCGAAGAACCAGAGCAAGCGACUACCGAUGACUCAUCCCUGUUCAGCUACACCGAUGAAACGACAAUCAUGGACGAAGCUUCCACCGAGAAAAUGUCCAACGACGGCGAGGUUCUGGGAUCGAUGAAAACCGACGUCAUCUUCACUUCUAGCUCUGGAGGAAGCACCGUCCUCGACGUCGCCGACAAGAAGAACAGCGUUCCCGAAGAUCAGGAGUUGUCGGAAACCAAUCACCACGACGUCGAGCCAGCUCCUACUCUCUUACUGCAAACCUCUUACACGACUUACACCUAUUUCACGACCAUGUACAACGGAGAUGCGACCGAUGUUGUCAGCCGUUUGAAGACGGUCACGAACGUCGUCACGGAAACCAUCAAACCAACGGCCGUUAUGCAACCCGAAACUAAAACACAACAACCUCUGACGUAUUUCACUACAUUCACUUACUGGACGACAUUCAUUAAGGGCGAUGAAACAGCUACUACUAGUCGCGAGGAAACCGUUAGCAAUGUACUCACCCCCGGAGUAACAGAAACACCCUCGGUACAGUUGGAAGUCGUGAAAACUUACAGGCCCUUCGUUCUGGCGACACCUGUCCACAGCAUUGCGCCGAGCGAAUCGAGAGAGUCGAAGGCAACUUCUGACAACGAAGUAACGACAUCUCCGAAUGUCAUACUGCAGGAAGUGCCGACGGUCAAGGUUAACGAGUUGAGCUCGACCAUUUCACCCGAGCCCAUGACUCUUUACACCACGUUCACCUACUUCACGACCUCUUACAUUGGUGACUCGACUAUACUGAAAAGCCGAUUAGAAACUGUCACGAGCGUCUCCUAUCCCGACGAUUUGGUGGUCAAAGCUACGCCUCGCGCGAUCGGCGGUCCUGUCCCUACGGCCCAAAUAUUAGCCACCGAAGAGAAGCCAAUCGAACCGAGCAAGACUAGCGACGCACCCAAGACCGGCUUACUGUCCACGAUAAGAACUAGCCAAGUUAACGACGGCACGACUACUCACUUCAUGACCGACGUCUACGGCACCUACAUAGACGGGCUUUACGCUCAAGUGGUCGAAACGUCGACGAAACUUGAAUUGCCCACACCGGUUUAUUCGGCUUCAGCUACACCGCUGCUACCAACCGGCGUCUUGUCUCUGAACAAGGGGACCAUCGUCGACGCCGACGAGGUCACCACGAUCUUCUACACCACCAAGCAGAUCGGCUCAACCAUAAACGGGCUCUACGUCAAAGUUUUGGAAAGCACCUCCACGACUACCGUCGACGAGAAGAAAUUGGCCACCCACACACCUGUUCACGGACACAGGACCGGGCUCGUGAGACUGAUCAAAGGAGAAAUCGAGGCGAACGACACGACGACUUACUAUCAAUCGAAAGUCAUCGGUACGAGCAUAGACGGAAGAUACGCCCAGAUCAUAGAGAGCACGUCCAGCUAUUUGAUUGCCAAACCAACGUCGACCCUGGACAUCGGGGCAACGUCGACCUUGCCACCUAACCACGCUACCGGUGUUCCCGAAAUUUCGCCCUCUCCCGCUGUCAUACAGUCGUCCAUCUCCGAGGAUCACACGGGAGAUCUGAACGACUCCGAUCAAGAAGAGAACGAAAACGAAGAGGAGGAAGGCGACGAUCAGAAAUCCACCAAGAAAUCGCGCUUGACCUUCUCCUCGAGGAAGCGCACCUCGAGCGCGCCCCCGAUCAGACCAUUCGCAUCGCGCAGCAGGCCGACGUUCAAUCCAAAACGAAAGCCUCAGGGCGCCACUACCAUUACCAGAAGCGACAUAACGCCAACGAUAACCGCAACUCUGGCGGGCAAAGGGAGCCGUUUCGCGUCCUCUAGAGGUCGCGCCACGCCGUCCUUGGGUUCUAGCAGCAUAAACGCGUCGAGCUCGAGGCGCUUCUCCGGCGGAAGAAGAAGUUCCCUCCCAGCUUCUUCGGCCUUUUCGACCAACUAUCCUUCAGCUAGCUCCAGAAGCAGAGGAGCCGUCAGAGCGUCUCCCUCGUCCGCGUACUCGGGAAGCCGACGAGGAUCUUCUUCCAUCAGAUCGUCCUCGCUGCGACCAUCGGGCCGAAGCUCGCCCAUAUCCCUGUCCUCGACGAGAUACAGACCUGGAAUCCGCCCAUCGUCGACGCUCGCCAAGCUCUCCUCCACUGUGAAACACGAAGAUCAGGAAGAUAACGCGAACGAGUUCACUACCGCGACUUUGGCGACCGAAGAGUCACCGGUACUGGAAGAAGGCGAGGACGAGACCAUUCCACCCACGCAUCCCACGACUACGGAGUCACCCAGGAGGGCGAACAAUCCUCUCUUGAGAUUCCGAAGACCUCCGGCUUUCGGCAGCGGCAUAAGAAGCACACCGAAACCAGCUCCAGCCACGACAACGACGAGGCGAGCGAACAACCCAACUAGGCAGAAUACGAGCAAUCGACCUGUCAACGGGAGGACGAGACCUACUCCGCCCGCUCUAAGCAGCAGAACGAGACAAGGUCAAUCCACGCUCUUCCCUCCGAGACCCUUGUACGGAAGAAAACCAGAGACAACGGAAGCACCGGUAGAGACCAAGAACGAGGAAGCCGAGGAGGACGACGAGGAUUUCGAGGACGAGCCAGUCGAGGAGAUAAGCGAUAACGAUUACGAAGGAUCGGAACAGGAGGAAUCGGCUCCACCGGCAAGUCAAAGAAACAAUCAAAAAUCGGUAACGCCCAUUCGGCCGUUCACGAGAAUCGGCAGGAACAGGAGAGUUCGGCGCCAGGCGCGAUCUCUGAGUUCCCGCUUCCGAAGACCCACUACUCAGGUGUCGACCAUCGAGGACAGAUACGACAGCGACUUGAGUUCCAGCAAAGAGGAGUACAGCAAGGCACCGGUCACCAACGCGAGAUACGGUUCCAGAGGCAGAUCUUACCCGAGCAACUCGCGAUCGAACAAGGAAGACAAGUCGUCCGAGGAGUACGUCGAUACUCCGAACACUCCGAGAACGAGGGCCAAGGCCAGCACUGGCAGAAGUAACAUACGCCUGAAGCCAUCGCCCGUGACCAGCUCCAACAGGCAGUACACGCUGCGCGAGAAAGACAGCUCCUCGGGCAAGUCCGGCUACAAAAGACCCUUGACCACGUCGAGAACCAGCAACCUCAGAGCGAGAACCAACAGCAACUCGAGAACGAGAGCCGGAACCAACAGGUACCAAGAUUCGAGCAACUCUCGGCGAACUUCCGGCAGAACUCCGAGUAGGAACAACGCCAGAGGGAACAGCAAUCGCAGAGUGACCUCGUCUCGAGGACGAAACUCUCACGAGGAGUACAAAGACGCGAGCGACUUGGACGGUACCAUAACCGUCACCCACUACGUCCCGACCGAAGUCACCAUCCCCGUCGUCAACAACGGCGUAACCGAGAAACGAAACAUCAUAACGGCACAGCCGAGCACGGAAAUCAUCGGUCCCGAUCGUUACAGUACCAUCGCCAACAGCGACGGCCGAGAUCUCCUCGUGCUGGCGAGCGAAAUGACCGGAACGAACUUCCAGGGCCAGGUAGAGAUCACUCGAUUCGUCAUCCACGAAACACCGACCACCAAAGUCUCACACACGCUCACAUCGUCGGGCGGCCGGCGAUUCUCCCAACCCGUGGUAGUCCCGUCGACGGUCUAUUCCAUCGAAAACGUAGUCUCCACGAUUCGGCCCUCCAUACCCGAGAAUGCACCCCUGGCUAACAUUUUACUCUCGCAACUGCUCCUCGGACAGCUGGGACAGCAGGCGAACCCACUGGUGCCCGGUAUCCCGGCGCCGGCUCCCACUCCGUCAACGCGUUACGACACUCGCGCAUCAACCUACGUCACGACAAUCACGAAACAUCAGAGUACCGUCAUCCCCUUGACCUUCCGUGGCAAGGAAAUUCUAACGACGCUGGUUGACUCGACAACCGACGUCGUCACCGCGACCGAGCUCAUCACCGACACGGUCGUCGUAACGCCCACCGUCGCUUUGCCGGCGGCAAACCUCAACUCGCUCCUGCUCCUCCUCCAGCAGCCGCAAUCUCCACUACAGCAGGCAAAUCCCCUGUUGGAUCCGCUAUUCGCGGCGGUGCCCCUGCUCACGCAGAGCAACUCGCUGCCCGGAGAAGUCGAGAGACGCAACCAGCCCGUCGACUUCGACUACAAGCCCGAGAGUUACGAGGACCUGUCCGAGGAGGAGGUCGACAGGCCGUCCAGCAGGGUGAGGGGAAAAGUCCACGCGAAGACUCAGGAGGCGCCCGAAACGAGCGUGGUGACACUGUACGUCUCGGGUCGAAGACCCGGCGAAUUCAGCACGGUUCUCAGCACUGUGGUAGUCGGCGAGGAAUCGACGAGCACCAAGAGGAAGAGGGACGUAAGCGAACUCCUCGUAACUGCAUCUCUUUCCCCGUCGCUGAACUCGGCUUCCGAGCCGGUCUCCUACAUUCUGGCGGGAAGCGAAGAGCCGAUCGACGCGCACGCACCUACUCAGAGUCUCGAGAGCGUAGUGGGCGAUGUCGGACGGCAUAUUUCCACGUCCAUCUACACCAACGUAAUCACAGACAUCGAUCGAUCAACAAACGCAAAAACAAAAACAUCCACCUUUCCAGGUGACUUCCUCGAAGAACCAAGUGGCACGUCCUCUAUCGUUGAAAACUACCACAGUUUCGGGCAAAGAACGCAUCAAGGAACCCAAGGCCUAGACUAUUACGUCGCUGGAGAUGAGGAAGAAGAGGAGGACGACUACGUGCCUAAGAAACGAGUACGCGUGAGAGUACCGGUCGUCCGAAGCAGAAGUGCCAAGGAGCACGCUCUGACAGUCGUGCGUCGACGACCACUGGUUCCUUACACGAGAUCCUCGGUUUACGAGUCGAUCGAGGCAACGCCAACGCGCAGAAGAGUCGUGACGCGCACGAGACUAAGGAAUGUCGACUCGGCCGAUUACGGCAACAGUUUAGCCGACGAUUACACGGAAGAUUUUCAAAAAGCGAACAGGCACAAAGUCACCGUAACGCGAAGAAGAAAAGUCAGGCCGACCGCCGCGUCGACGCAAACUCAGCGCGAUAGAAUAACCCGUAAGAAAUUGGUCAACGUCAGACCCAUUCCCGCGCCAACGUCAACCUUGGCUAUUAUCACCACUGGCUUUUAUACCGUAGCCACCGACGACGAUGAUGCCGACGAUUAUUACGACAGCGAGGACAGCAAAGUACCGACACCCGAAUUGUAUCCCUCGACGCAGCUCGAAAAUGCGCCGAACGAGGCUUUCACCAUCGAACCUGAACAACCGUCUUCCUCGAGCGAUCCGAUCAUCAUCACCGAUAACUUUUUCUUCCCCGGUUUCUCGGAGGAAACUACCACAACCGAGAGUGGAGAUGAUGACGAUUCCAACGAAGAGACGGACACCGAGAAUAAUGAGUUUCUGGACUCGACAACUUUGAGCGCUGCGGACAGCACGAGUGAAAACGGUACGAGCACUACCGAAGAGACUAACACAGAGAAGGAAAUCGAUGCGACGACCGAAACCGCCUCGGACAAUCCUGAGAGGAUCGGUACCACUGUUGAAUACCCGACAAUCGUCGAAGACGAGAAAGCCACGACCGAAAUCAGCAGUGGUGAUCGCACGGAAGAGGACGAUCCGAUCGUACCAAAGUCACAGUCGGAAGACAGCGAAAUUCCCGUAACGGAGACGACGUUGGAAAACGUCACACCCGAUGACGCGGACGACUUGAGAGUAAUACCUAUCGCGACAAACUCCACGAGCGAAAACACGUUUACCCGUAGCGACGAUUCGCUAGAAUCGAGUCCCAACAUCGACAGUAGCGAAAUACCGACCGUUAUCCCACUAGAGUCAAAGUCGAUCGAAGUGAAAAGCACGUCAGCUUCGGAUUCACAAGUGACGACGUCACUGCCCUCUCUGACACCUGAAGAUAUCGAAGCCGGCUUAACCGACGAUCUGUACUUGUCGCUGUCCCGUCCCGAUUUUCCGCAAAUCGAUCCGUCGCAAGUAGAGGCGGACGAGAACGCAGCCUCGACCUCGUCGCAGUCGAGCCAGGCUACCCCGGAACUGCAAACCAGUAUUUAUUAUUCCGAGACUGUUGUAACAUCUACGCGAUUGAGAACUUACACAUAUGUCGUGACCACACUUAAUGGACAAGAAACCGAGGUAACUUCGUCAACGACGGUUAGACCAAGAGUGACCACCUUGACACUGACAGUUCCUGUGACGGUGACAGUGACGCCGACAAUGGUCUCGUCGUCAAUUGCACUUAGCUCUGCUUUAGAUGAUGCACAAAGUAACGAGGAAGUUGAAGACGAAGGAAGAAGAUUCAAUCUCGCAACAAGAGUAAUGUCCAAUGGGGUUGAGGUGAUCGUUGCCGGAACAACACCAGCCUAUCGCUGGGAAAAUUCGAAUCCGCAACCCACCCUGACCCUGUCGGAAGCAGUUGUAAUGCUUUUGCCGCAAGAUAAGCCAAAUGAAUUCGUUACAAAGACUUGUACAACGACCUUCACCUACCUCAAUACUAUAACGCGCGAUGGGACGACGAUUGUAUCGACCGACGAACAGGUGAUUGCUAAUACCGCAACCGAAGAAAGGCACAGAAAACCAGUUUCCGAAGCUGCUUCGGUUACACUCGAGGCGUCGCCGACUCUGCAGACCGAAGUUUUCAAAACAACCUACACCUACUUGACGCUGAACACCGACCAUCCCGACGAAAAAAACGCCCUCGGAAGCAGCACCAGAGUUAUCACCAAUACGGUUACCGCCCCGCAAUACUACCUGGACAUGGUACUCGAGCCGUCGGAAACCCAACUGCCCGAGACGAAUACGUACAUGAGUACCAGAGCCCUCGAAAAGACCUACAUCGAAGAUGGCAAGACUAGGGUUGAGAUGACUCACGAUAUAGUUACGCAGCUGAUCAUAACGGAAUCGGCACCGCCGCCUAAGCCAGUAAGUGUGACCACAACAUUGACAGCCUUGGACGAUGUGUCAACGACGGACGUUGCGAAAACAUACUACAUUACCUACACCUAUUUGAAUACUUAUUUAGAAAAAGACAGUACCGUGGUAAAAACCAAUAUCGCCACGUCAUCGGAUAUCGUUUACGAAAAAGUGCCCGUUAAGAAAACGGCCACUAAAUCGGUGCCAGUCACCGCGACACCGGAACCGAUUCAAAUUUUCGCAACAAAAACUUAUUUAACGACCUACACAUAUUUCACCACGCUUCUGCAGGCCGGAGUGGACGGCGAAACCUCUACCACCGUUUCAUCACGCACCCAAAUAGUGGAGAAUGUCGUCACGGAAUCAAUCGCUCCGAGUUUGCUCGAGCCCGGCUACAUGAACGCUCUGCUCACGACUUCGCAUCAUUCGGACACCCUGAAAAACGUGGUCACCGGAUCGACCAUCAUUUUCUUCGACGACGAGGAGGAGGUCGCUCCCUCGACGAGCAGCGCUUACGAUCAAUCCGCCACGGCCUCCGUCGAUAAGAUAGACGACCUCGAAACUGCAUCCAGCUCUUCGGUAGCCGAUUCCGUUGGUUCGGAAACAAACGAGGCUGCUUCUAAUCCUAUCGAACCGGAUAAUUCUCACAACGAGGAAGAAAUACCAGAGGAAUCGACCAAUCCACCGCCGAGUAAAAAGCCGUCUCAGGUGAGCAAUCUGCUGAGCUUGGGCUCUCUGGGCAUAAACAGCCUGUCGGCUCUCGGUCCAGUGAUCACAGCCAUGGCUGGUUUGCUUCAGGGCAAAACUUCAGCCACGCGUAGAAACGACACGGAGCCGAUAACCGAACCACCGGCGACUACGACUCAGAGAUCGCCGAUUUAUAUCCCAGUUGCGGAAUUCGUCGACGGCGACAUCGAGACGGCCGAGAGUCAGAAUAUCGCGCUUCACUUGGCGAAUAGCAAUCAUCUUCCGGAGACGAGACACAAGGUGACCGCGAGCUUAGCCGAUGGCAUACCGAUAUCUCCGGGCGAGGUGAUAACCGCGAACAGCGACGUUAUCAUCGGAAAGCCGGGUAAAAUGGGCCCUAGACCGCCUCAGACGUUCGGCGGGCAAGACGAGAACAUAGGUAUGAAACCACCGCCGGUAUCCGUGCCGAACAUUCCGGUGCAUCCGGUUUUCGAGGUGCUCGAUAACGAGCCCAAGCCCAAGCCGCCGAUAAAGAUUCAAAAAGGUUCGCAACAGCUCGAGAUUUAUCCCGCGCAUCAAAUUUACGAAGAGCACAUAAAGGGUCCGGUAGUUUUUCACGAGCCUGCUAUUUCCCAGCGACCGCAGCAGCAUCAGCAGCAAAUUUAUUCCAACAACAACCAGGCAGCCACGAGGAUCAGCUCGAAACAGGAUAUUCUGGAAAACGACCCACUUCUCAUUCCUCCUUCUAGGCCGUCGUCGAGCGCGACUGUCGACUCGAAGCAUCGUAACUCGGAUAAAAAUAAGCGACCACCAUGGAGCCCGCAAGACCCUCUUGUCACGUCGAAUGUAUUAAUCGAUGACAAGCAUCGAUUACACUCGAAGGAAUUCGUCAAAGCGGAUAACCUCGCUAGCUAUGAUGGAUCGAGAAUCGUGGCACACGUGCCGGAGCCUAUUGUUCAUCAAGUUCCCCACGUGAUCGAUAGAUCGACGGGUCAGCCGCUUUUAGUCAAUAUCCAGCCUAGUCAAGUAGCCAACGUUGUUAUACCGCAGGGCGGUACUCAAGCGCUGAUUUUCGGAGACACCAGCGAGCCCCACAUUUCCGGCCAAUACUUUGACGAUCCGUCGCCGUAUCCCGAGCCGGAAGUCGGGCCUGGCUUCAUCGGAAUAGACAAGAUUGAAAAUCUCCCGCAGUACUCGAAACACGACGAUCCCGCCGACUACAUGAGACCGCCAGCGCUCCCGGCGAACCAAAUUCAAAAUCUGGCCAACAGGCAUCAUUCCAUACCGAUAUCCCAGGGCUCCGAGAAAGUACCGACUCGCUAUCACGACAAAUUGAACCUAUCCACCGGCCAAGGACACGUUCACUCGGAAAUUCUCGUGCAUCACGGAAUCGAGAGUGGCCACGUCAGAGGCCAGUCGAGACCGGCCACCAGCCCUCCGCGUAACUACCCCAACGUGCAGUUUCCUCCUAGGCGAGAGCACACGAAAAUUCACCUAGGAAACGAGCAGAUUCCACCCCGAAGAACCGAAGUGCCCCUGCCGACUGAAAAUUCGUUCUACGACUCGUCGAACGCAGGCUCGCUGCUGCACACGAGUUGGAAAAACGAAAAGAAGCCUUUACUGAAUCCGCAAACCCGUUGGCCAAGGCCAACUAGUAGGCCUCGGCCUCCGACCAGAAUAACGGCUCGUCCUUUCGGUCGGCCACCUACGCGAAUCGAGAGGCCGAAAAUCCCCAUCAGGCAGCCGCCCGUCAGAUUACCGCAGAAUACUUACUACCAGCAGCAGCAGCAGCAGCAGCAGCAGCCGAGUGUAGCGCCUUUCACGGAGUCGAAUCAGCAGAUAUACAAUCCUGCUCACCAAGAACAGGCCAAUAACAAUAAGGUACACCAGUAUCGGGAGGAAAAUUACAAGAUUCCGACGCAGGAGCCGAUAAACAAACAGUCGCUGCAGGAGAACCUCGACUACAUCACCGACGAUCACGCGGCCGAUUUCGGCUAUAAAAAUCCCUCGUCCAACGACCCCGACAAACCGAUCGAUUCCGAGGUCGAUGCCUCGGAGAACGUGAAAGUGACGUCGGACAAGGAGGACAGCCAUCGCGGACAGGCCGAUUCCGACUCGUCGAGCAAAUACGGCGAAUCCGGCGUGAGAAAGGAGGCGAACAAUUAUCACGGCGAUAACGGCCCAGCCCCGACGUCGGCCGAUAAGCAUGUUUACAGCAACAACCACGAGGAAGGCGAUAUAAUUAUCGGCAGCGAGAAGAAACAGGAUCAAUAUUUAACCCAAGCCCAUAACUCGUACGACACCGGCGUCGUCGAUAGCGGAGCCGAUCGGAAGCAGCCCGGCUACUCGCACGAGAUCAUAGAUCUGAAGCCGCCGGCGAUAAUACCAGUAUUCGAGCCGAACGGUCACAGUAGGCCGUUCUCCAAACCCAAUUUCGCCGUAUCGAAUUCGGACUCCGGCAAGUCCGAAGUAAUAACUGAAUCCUCGGACGUAAGUCACGUCUCGCAAGUGAACGCGCGACCGGUUCUCGGACAAGUUUUCCAGAUCCAGAGCCACGCGAAGGAGCGAGAAAGCCAGCGAAACAAAACCUACGCGUACAGCAGAGGACGGCCGCAAUACGAUCAUCACGCGACGAGGAGCCACCCGGAGCACCCGCAAAUAAUAACGAAGCCUAAGGCCCAGGUGCCGGGGCCGGUCGACGUUUCCAGCGGCCAUCACAACAGAAAGUCGACAGUGCAGUUUUCACUGCCGAUAGACUCGACCGGCGAGGAAAACGAAAGUAAGACGCAAACGGAGCGAGCGCCGAGUGCCAGUACCGGGCCGAGGAAACCCACGGAAGAGUCGCUAGCCACCGCCUUCCAGACCAAUUUCGCCAGCACGGAUUCCAAGGAAGACAACAACGAGCACGACGACUCCAAGUCGGGUAACCUUUCUCAGGACAUGGUACCGCCACCCGUUGGCGGCAACAACCAGGCCCAGAUGGACGAAGGACUGAGACCACCGCCGUCGCCCACCGACGUUCUCGGUCUCUCGCCACCUCCGGUGGACAUCACCUCGAUAAGACCGACGACCGCGUCGAUGACGAGCUCGAGCACGACGCCAGCGAUGACGACCACGACUCUCGACAACAAGUCCAACAUCAAAUCCGACCUCUCCGGCCUCAAGCCUCCACCGCUGUACAUUCCCCUGAAGGAAUCCAGCGCGGCGCCUCCUCCGCCCAGCGUCGAUAUGGUACCGCCGAGUCCAAGGCCGUCGGUGGUUCGACCGUAUUUGGCGGACAUUCUCUCGCAGGACAUGGUGCCACCACCCCCGGCUGUGAAAACAACACGGCCGCUCGAAAUAGCGACCGUCCGACCGGGAGUGGCGGUAUCGGGCUCCAUUCAAAUUGGCACCGCCCUGGCGACAUCUCACAUACCGGUGAUGCAGGAUAUCGAAUCGAAAAUUCCGAUUGUGCACGGAACUGUGGACUUACCGGUCGUCGUGAACGUGCCGGAGGAGUUCCUUAAGCCGAUCGACACAAAGAAACCGGAUCGUGUCAGUGUCUACACUGCUCGGCCGUUCGAAACUAAGCACAGACACGUUGUGAAACCCACGAUCGCCUCGAUAAGCCCGUCGAGUUCCACCGCAGUCAGGCAUUCUCAGUACUACAACGACCAGCACGCUUUCCACAACAAUCACCAGCGACUUUCGCCCACGAGAAUAGCGCCAUCUACGAUUUCGAGAAAACCGAGUAAAGUACCGGACUUCUCCAUAGUCUUGGAGCCGAGCGUCGACGUUCAGUUGCCGUCUCAGCGCAUCGAGCCGACCGAGACGUUGACCGUUCAUUACAACGGCAACGAGAGAACCAAGCAGAGGACUGAGAUAGACGGCGUGACGAUGGUCGCCAACGCUGAAAAUUCGGAGAUCGCCAAGACCAGCGUUGCUACCAAACAGGAAACGAGGAAGACCGAUCCGAAGAUAAAGGAGUCGGCAUCGAAGAUGAUGGAGAUUAUCGGCACGGUCGUGCACGAGUUCAUUCAGAACUCGACGAACGAGAGAGUGGAAGUGAAGCCGCAAGAGGUUACGCGUUUCGAGACGCUGACGGUCACGAGGACAGAGACUUCCGUAGUGGGUUCACCUCCCACGACGCGAACUCUGCUAAUUACCCACACCUUGACGUCGGUGAGGAUCGAGACCGUUACGAAGACUCUGCUGCGACCUACUAGCGUCAUUUCUACAAUCACCUCGACAAUACUUCACUCGGUUACACGCUCGCCCGGCUAUGAGAAUGGAAACGACAACGAGUCGAUCUUCGUCGUGAUGAGCGAUCAGAAGCCACCGGCUGUAGGAGCGGAAGAGGUGGAGGCCGAAUACGGAGAGGAGGAGAUUUCUCGGGACGAGCAGGACGUGAGCGGCAACGAAAUUCAUCGCGUGCUGUCCGGAGGUAUACUGGGAGCACCGUCGGUUCCCCUGCGGCCACCGAAGGUCCAGUGCGUACCGGACUGCAAGGCUUCGAAGUCCGAGGUAUGCGCGGAGUCCAACGGAGAGAUGCGCUGCGUCUGCAGGCGAGGCUUCGCCAGGAUGUUCCCGGAUCGUCCGUGCAAGCCGACCUACACGUUCACCGUCGGAGUCGGCCUCGAGCGACUGGGUCGCGACCGCAUCGUCUUCGAUUCGUCGAUGAACGACAGCAGUUCUAUGGUCUUCAGGCGCUACGCCCACCCCAUCAAGGAAGCUUUGGAUCGCACGCUGAUGCAAAGCGAUCUGAGGGACGUGUAUCGGGCUCUGAACAUUGCCAGGUUCACCCGAGACCCACCCAAGGUCGUGUUCAACGUGCAGUUGACCGCCAACAGCGACGAGACGAGGUUGAAGGAGGUCAUACGUAAAUAUCUGGUUAUGAGCAACUACAGCUUGGGAGGAACCGAGGUCUACGCGUCGAAAGAUCUGGGAAUGGUGGAAGCUAUCGACUUUGACGAGUGCGGCGUCGAGGAGGGAGGCCCCCACCACGACUGCUCGCCGAACGCGGCCUGUUUCAACCUCAAGGGCUCGUACCAGUGCUCCUGCAAGGAAGGCUACGCAGAUUUGUCGGAAAAUCCGGCCUACCCCGGCCGAGUCUGUUCGCAGGCUCCUCUGGGAUGCGCCGCGUGCAACAACAAGGGACACUGCGCCGUCAACGUCCACGGGCAGGAGGUCUGCGAGUGCUUCGCUUGGCACAGUGGCCAGAAGUGUCAAAUCAACCUCAAAGUCCUGCUGAUCGCUCUGGUGACGACGGGCGCGAUCUUGGUGGCUCUGCUGGCGGUCUGUCUGGGUAUGGCUUGCUUCCGCAAUCCAAGCCGCAGAUCCAGAUCGGCGGCGUGCGACCGAAGGGCGAUGAUAUCCGGUCCUGGAGCCGGCGACACGAGCAGCGAGGGCAGCCUUGCUGAACUGGCCAUCCCUCACCACGUGCCUCACAUCCUGCCACCCCCUCCACAAAUGGUGGCGCCAGCGCCCCCUAGCGCCAAGAGGCCCGCGCGCAAGAUCAGCAGCAGCAACAACAAGGCACGCCGAGCGCCGAGGAAACUCGUUCCAGCCGCACCUAUCAUAGCUCCAGUGGUCGCGAGCAAUAACAACAGCUGUCCGCCGAACGAUCAGCGCGACCGAUCACUGACGGUCAUGAUUCCUCGGGCAAAGUACCGUUCGGCGCCACAGUCCGCCACGCCGCAGAACUACAAGCCCAUGAGCAGCUUCGCCGUCGAGGAGCACAAGCUGAUCGACUAUCUCGAGGCCGGCUGCGACUACAAGUCCGAGCAGGACUCGAGGAUGGCCAAGCAGCAGCAGCAGCAGCAUCAGCCGACUGGUGCGCUCGUCAGUGCUGGCUUCCAGGUUUCGGCGACGGUGACGAGGACACUGGAGGCGUCGGCCGAGUCGACGAUCGAGCCGUCGAGCAAGAGCGAGCAGGAGUUGGAGACGACGAUACAGGCUUCGACGAAACAGCUGAUGCGGCUCGAUCUCGCGGACGCGGGCUCGACCCUGGCCAGGUCCUGCGGCGAGACGACGAUUCAGGCCCCGACGAAGAUGGCCGAGCACCGGAAUAAAGACUGCAACAGAGACGCUAGAGACAGCGCGAGCGAGGGACACACCAUGGCCGAGAGGGACCUCGGCAGCACGCUGAGACUGCCGGCGCAGCACGCGCCGCUUUACCAUCAGGAUAGGGCGAGCAGCGACAGGGAGUCAAACUUCGAUUCGUUCUAAGUCCCCAUAGAGCAGACGACAACUGCUGCCCAUCAGGUGCCAUCGAGCAAGCCGUGCGUCUCCUCGUGUCUGCCGAACAGCAAUGCUUUCCUCUUUCGCCUGCUCGCGACCUGCGUCAACGAGCCAGUCAAAUUCGUAAAGCCUGACUUUUACGUCAUUCACAACGUGCCAAAAUAUAGCCAAUGACAAUGAGCUUUCCUACAUCACUUUUUCCUGAAUACACACACAUUAUGAAAUCCGGACGCGCAACUCGUCUAAUUUUGUAUCUAUAUACCUAUAUCGAUUCACCUUACUCUUUGUAGUGAGUCCAUCCGCGAGACAAGGGAAAAAGCAUAACGGAAAAAUAAUCAUCUCGAUAUAUAGGCGAUGUAGAAAUCUAUAUUAUUGUAUUACCGACAUUGCGAUUUAUUUUUAGGUCUUUAUUAUUAUUAUUAUUAUUAUUAUUAUUAUUAUUAUAUUAUUUUUAUUUUUAUUAAUAUAUUAUUUGUUGUUGUUGUUGUUUGUUUAUUUAGUCUAUGUCCUUGAGGAUCGCGUGCCAUGUCGCCCGGCUUCGUCGCGAGCUCAUUUCGACAGUUAACCCACUCUAUACAUGUUCGAUCCGUUUGCGAUGAGCGCGAAAAGUCACGAGAAUAGUACGCUUGGAUUUUUAUCUUGAAAGAGAAAAAGGUAAAAAGAAAAAUAGAAAAAUUUGAUUAAUCGCGACGAAGCUGCGCAACGUCGCUGACUCUUUAAUGAACAAUCGAACCGAAAAAAUGUAUGAUUAACCGAGGACUGGUGUAUUAUUAACAGGAUUAUAAAAGCAUACGAAUAUUUAAGAGUAUAUUAUAUAUAUGUAAUGCGUAUAACAACGUAGUUGUAAGAAAUGAUUUGUAAUCGAUAUAGUGUUGACUCACGUGCGUGUUACGUUGAUGUAUCGAGACUACGCAUUAUAUUACAUAUUUUUGUACAUACUGCCACCUGAGAAACCUCUUAAUCUACCGCGUAAUACUAGGAUAUUUUUGUAUCGAUAAUUAUAGUGCCCGUGUACUUGUGUACUUUUAUAUUAAUAUAAUUGUCAAUAACAAA